GAGAUCACCUUGGUUGCCUCGCACGGGUUUUUUUUUUUUUUGCUUUUGUCAAUUCUAAUCCCUAUUCAUCUUCCCGCCCACCAUGGCUACACGAGCCCUCAUACGCCCAAUCGGCUUCUCAAAACAAACCGCCCGUUCCUCACAAUACCUCCGACGGUUCAGCACAGUCAUCGACGCUCCCAUCUCCCCCUCAUCUGGCAAUGUGCCACCAGCAGCUCCCAAAUCAUCCAUCUUCGAAGAUGCCGUCAACGCAACUAGCCCGAGGAACAAUUGGACUCGAGAGGAAAUCUCGGAAAUUUACAACACCUCACUCAUGGAGCUCACAUAUGCUUCCGCCACUGUCCAUCGGAGAUUCCACAACCCAGGAGCAGUCCAAAUGUGCACUCUCAUGAACAUCAAGACUGGAGGUUGCAGUGAAGAUUGCAGUUACUGUGCCCAAUCAUCCCGCUACAACACCGGUCUCAAAGCUUCAAAGAUGGUCAAUGUCGAAUCGGUCCUUGAAGCUGCUCGGAUAGCUAAAGAGAACGGUAGCUCUCGUUUCUGCAUGGGAGCCGCCUGGAGGGACAUGAGGGGCCGCAAGACGAACCUGAAGAACGUCAAAGAGAUGGUCAAGGGUGUCAGGGCCCUAGGCAUGGAGGCCUGUGUCACACUUGGUAUGAUCGAUGCCGAGCAAGCAAAGGAGCUCAAGGACGCUGGGUUGACGGCAUACAAUCACAACGUCGAUACUUCGAGGGAACAUUAUCCCAGCGUCAUUACAACACGCACGUACGACGAGCGGUUAGCUACGAUCAAGAACGUGAGCAACGCCGGCAUUCAUGUCUGCACGGGAGGAAUCCUUGGACUCGGAGAGAAGCCUAAGGACCAUGUCGGGCUGAUUCACACCGUCUCGACGCUUCCCGUCCAUCCAGAGUCGUUCCCCGUGAACGCUCUUGUCCCCAUCAAGGGAACGCCACUCGGAGAGAGCAAGACCAUUAAAUUCGAUGCUAUCCUGCGUACUAUCGCUACUGCUCGCCUCGUCCUUCCGUCUACCAUCAUCCGACUCGCCGCAGGCCGACACACCAUGCGCGAGGAGAAGCAAAUCAUGUGCUUCAUGGCCGGCGCCAACGCCGUAUUCACCGGCGAGAAGAUGCUGACCACAGCCUGCAACGGAUGGGACGAAGACAAGGAGAUGUUCCAACGAUGGGGACUGAGGCCAAUGGAAAGCCACGAGACGAUGCAAGGCCAGCAAGAGGCUGCGGUAGCUGCAGCGGCUGAAAUCGAGGUAGAUCCAAGCCUUCUGGAAGAGCCAAGUGCGGGAGCAAAGCCUGCGGCGGCCUUGGGCGCCUGAUGGAUGCGCCACUACAUUUCUUGUCUUAUCCCCAGUGAUGAACCGCAAUAUAAAAACGUUUCAAAGUAAUAUCAAACCAAAACGGCAGAUUGAUCAAAAAUCGUACGGCUCAAAUUUGCUUUUUCGCUCUUCCACAGAGAAUAAAUUGACUAUUAGGCGAGAAGAUUAUAUGCUACUAACCCCCCCCUUUCCAAACUGCCUAUUUCGGACAUCUUCCACAACAGGUCCCCCCCCCCUUCCAAUCACAAAACGUCAGAGGCCGGAAACCUACUGGUGAGCAGGCUUCUCGCUCGUC